GGCUCCAGAGGCCAGCUCCAUGCCGACAACAUGGAACCGGUCCCUCUGUGACAUCAGCCCCAGCGCCAAGGGCACUGCAGCGGUGCAAAUUCUGUGGGCACUUAGUUGGCAGCUGCCUUGGAGGUGACAAGUCCUCUCUCUCUCUCUCUCUCUCCUUGCUGCUGACUUGGGUCUCUGACAACAAUGAUUUUGUUGUGCACCCUCAUCCUUCUGGCUCUGUGUGGGCCUGCAUAUGGCGCCUGUGGGAAGACCUGUGGACUCCGGCCCAUGCCUCCUACAUUCAGCUCAUCACGCGUUGUGGGUGGCACAAAUGUCAUGCCAGGCUAUGGGGCCUGGGCUGGCCUUGCCAGUGUCCGCACUUACUUUCAACCGCCGCUAUCUAUGCACAACUGUGGAGGGACCCUCAUCAACCCGAAGUGGGUCCUCACAGCAGCCCACUGCUUUGACAACGUCACAAAUCCGAUCAGGGAGUGGGCCGUCGUGCUUGGAGGUACCUCGUUGGGCCAGAUAGGCCCUGAGGUGGAAGUGCACCGGAUUAAGCGGCUGAUUAUACACGAAAAAUAUAAUUUUGAAUUAAUACUUCACGACGUUGCCUUGCUGGAAUUGGAGCGUCCAGCAAAGUGCAGCUUCACCAUUCAGCUUGCCUGCCUGCCUACUCCUUCAACAAAACUGCCGGAGCUGACUAACUGUUACGUUGCUGGCUGGGGUGACAGAAUCGUAAAAACUGCAGGUAAUGAUAUCCUGCAGCAGGCCAAGGUCCCGUACGUGGAUAGGAAGACCUGCAACAGUACCGACUGGCUGGAUGGGCUCGUCAAUGAUUUCCAAGUGUGUGCUGGGCAAGGCGGCCUUUCCACCUGCCAGGGUGACAGCGGGGGGCCUCUUGUCUGCCAAGAUAAGAGUCGUGGCUUAUACUGGCAAGUUGGUGUGACCAGCUGGGGAAUAGGCUGUGCUAGAUAUAAACGGCCUACAGUCUUCAGCUCCACUCAGUACUACUACAACUGGAUCCGGUACAAGACAGGAGUAAGUUUCAAUGUUCCAGUAGUUACUCCAGCACCAGCACCAGCGCCAGCCUUUACCUCAGCCCCUCUGCAGACAGUAGCUCCAGGUCCAACACAACCCUGUCCAUUUCCACGUGAGAAGCUGCUGCAAUUCUUCAAUCUGCUGAAGGAUAUCUUGCGGUACCUAAAGGGAAAAAUAUUUUGAAGACCAGAACGGACCAGCUGCAGUUUGGGCUGUAGUGGACUACAACCCUUUCAUUCUGAGUUAUAUUAAUUUGAAUUUCAUUAAAUUGAAUUAAAUUUUGAAUUGUAAGCAAAAAAAAAAAAAAAAAAAAAAGCACUUUCUGCUUUGAGGAUAUUCUGUAUCCAAAUUUUAGAAAAUUCUGGCUUGAUCAUUGCCCAGGCAGCCCUGAACUCAGGGAUCCCUUCAUCCUCAUCUAGGAAGAAUUUGGCCUCACACUUCUUUUUGUACAGAUCAGUGCUUUCCCUACAGAUAUUGAUACAUCUACAGUGGAAAAGUAGCAUCUGGCACCUUAAGUCUGCAACAACAAGUGCAAGAAGCACAACACUAGGAAAACAAGAGAAAGGAAAAAAAGGGGUGCAGAUGUUGCCCUGUCAUUAAGAAUGUGAAGCCCUUCUGUGUCCUAAGGGUGAUUUUUGUCCCUAUCAGAUGGUUACUGGGUUUUUUGACCAAUGUAGAAACCCAAGCAGUAAAGCGUUAAUGCAUUGCUGUGCCCUAAACAUCAACAGCCAUCAACUAGGCAAGUUAUAACAGGAUGUGCCUGGAAAGGGGAGCUAUAUGAAGCACCAUUCUGGAGCUGAAUUUCCUGUUACAGUCCAUAGUGAUUACACAACAUAAAGGACAGUUUAAGUGCAGGAGUGGGGUUGAGGAGCAGGCAAGACCAAUAGAGGGAGAAUCAAGACCACCAAAAAACCCUCAAAGCCCCCCAGCCCAUUUCCAGAAAGGUCCAGAAUACUGGGCUGCACAUGCUAACUCAUUUACAUGAAGAGUGAGGAACCU